CUGAUGGACACACAGAAGCCCACUUGCUUUCUCUUUCACUGCUCUAUAUCCUGUCUUUUCUGGACAGGACUUCGGUUGUUUUGUGGACUUUCCCUGUGUUUUCCCCUUUGACUCAUUUCUGAGGUUAAAUAGAGUCUUAACCUUCGUCCCCCACGCCUCACCCUCUUGGAUCUGUUCUCCUGUUGGGAUUUUUUUCUUCUUCUUCUUUUUUCUCCAGCCUGAUCGCCUGCUCUCCUGUGUGCAUAUCAACCCUCUCCUUUUCCCCUGCUCUCCUUCUCCUUUUCCUCCCAUCUUCCACCAUUCCCUGUCUUCUUGUGUGUGUUUUUUGGGCUAUGCUCUCCUCACCCACUGUGAUUCUCCAGCCUUAUGGACUCCCUGUCUACCCACAGACAACCACAUGCUACCCCAGCAUAGUUCAGGGAGGCCCCAAUCAGGAGGCCGGCCCUGGCAGCGGCGACCCCGCCCUGCCUCAGGUCUACGCCCCUCCUCCCUCCUACCCACCACCAGGUCAAGGUCCGCCAACAUCUGCGGGCAGACUGCCACCUCUUGACUUCACUUCUGCACACCCCAGUUCAGAGUACCCCGAACAUCCCCAACUCAGAGUGUAUCAGGGCCCUCAGCUCGACGGGGCGGACACUCUGACGUCCAGCAACACGGAGGAUGUGUUGGCCCCUGUGACCUCUGACCCCCAGUCUUUGAGCGUGUCCGUGUCAUCAGGGGGUGGAGCAGGAAGUGGAAGUGACGAGGAGGGGUCAGGUAAGGCCCAACCGAAACGCCUCCAUGUCUCCAACAUCCCGUUUCGUUUCAGAGACCCAGACCUGCGCCAGAUGUUUGGGCAAUUUGGGAAGAUCCUUGAUGUAGAAAUUAUCUUCAAUGAGAGGGGGUCUAAGGGCUUUGGGUUUGUCACCUUUGAGAGUGCAGCUGAGGCUGACAGAGCAAGAGAAAAGCUAAAUGGGACGAUUGUGGAGGGGAGAAAGAUCGAGGUUAAUAAUGCUACCGCAAGAGUCGUUACCAAGAAGCCCCAGACGCCUCUUGUGAAUGGCGAAAUUUCAACUUCUGGAUGGAAGAUCAACCCCGUCAUGGGGGCGAUGUACGCACCUGAACUCUACACAGUUGCCAGUUUCCCGUAUCCUGUAGCAACUCCCACCUUGGCCUACCGGGGCUCUGCGCUGCGUGGUCGAGGCCGAGCCGUCUACAACACGAUUCGCUCUGCUGCAGCCACACCUGCUGCUGUCCCCGCCUACCCCGGGGUGGUAUAUCAGGAUGGACUGUAUGGAGCAGAAGUCUAUGGUGGCUAUCCUGCAGCUUACAGAGUGGCUCAGUCAGCGUCUGCUGCCACAGCAACCUACAGUGACGGAUACGGACGGGUCUACGCCACAGCUGCGGAUCCCUACCACCACUCAGUCGGACCAACAACGACAUAUGGAGUUGGUACAAUGGCCAGUUUGUACAGAGGAGGAUAUAACCGCUUCACCCCGUACUGAGCCGCCCACCAGGAGGCCUGAGGGGGGACGUCUCUUACGAACUCUGGGAUUGGCUGAUCCAUGGACGCUGCAGGACAGAUUGUGAGAUCCUUGGAAAUGUAAAAGUGGUUUUACUUCCUGCCUCCAUCACAAGCGCUCCUCAAGACAUUAAACAGACUGAAGUUGUAAAUAGUUUAGGACCCAUUUUCUGUCCAUCCUACCGAUGAAUACCUAGCACCUGGGAGAGGAUGUUGUGUAAUAUAUAGACAGUUGCUUAAAACUUUUAAAGGAGUAUUGUUUUAUGAAUUUAAAGAUGUUGGCUAACACUACAGGAGCUGGUGAAAUAUACUGUGAGAAUGAUUUUUUUUUUUUUUUUUUUUUGAGUAAUAUAU